AAAUUUUCCCAAUUUCAUCAACAUACCCCAUUUCCCCUCUCUCUUCCACCAUUCAGACAAACCCACCUUGAAUUACAACCAACAGCACCACCGCACCGGAAUCCGAAUCUGUAUCCGCCGCCGCCACCAUAAAGAUCGCCGUGUAAUCCCCACCCAUGUUGGCAGUAAAGGAUGCAAUUUUUUUUUACUAAUUUAUAAAAUACACUAGACAUGGCUUUAUUCUGGAACAGAGUUUACAACCGAUCUAAGUUUAAAUUUCUUUUAUUUCAAUUCCAACCCUUUUCUUCUGCUUCUUAUUUGCAUAAUUACACUCCCUAUAAAUCCUCAAACUCAAUUUUAGAAAACCCGAAUUUGGAUGUCUUCAAAAACCCCAUUUUUGAGAAACCCUUAAGUUAUUUUUGCAAUAAUGCCAGGGCUUUUUCUACUUCACUUCAGGGACCGCGGUUGAAUGAACAGAUUACGUCUUCUUUAAUUCGGCUUGUAACUGAUGAAGGGCAUGAUGUUAUCCCACUGCAUAAAGCUCUGGAACAAGCAAGAAAACUCAAACUUGAUUUAGUUGAGGUUGAUAAAAAUGUCAGUCCGCCUGUCUGUAAAAUAAUGGACUUUAACAAAAAGAAGUAUGAACGGAAAGUGAAGGAAAAGGACCGUGCUAAAAGCAAGUCAGAGGUGAUGUUGAAAAAAGGUGAUUGCAAAGAAGUUCGAUUUUCUGCUAAAACUGAACUCAAGGACUUGAAGAUUAAAGCAGAUGCAGUCAUUAGGCUAAUGCAGCGUGGUUAUCGAGUGAAGUGUAUGGCCUUGGGUGCACCAAAAAAAGGAGGCAGAGCCUUGAAAAAGAGCAACGAUGAUGAAAAUCUAACGGAAGAAGAAAUUGCGGAGAAAAGAAGACAAGAAGAAGAAGAGGAGUUGGAGGAACUGAAGGCAUUGGUAUCUCAGCUCACAGCUUUGCUUGAAAAUGACUUUAUUAUAGAAAGUGGACCGAGGGCGGAGAAAAAACAAGCGUAUGUUAUAGUUAGGCAUGCCAAGUUUGGGCCAUCAAAAAAGAGUGGUGCUAAAAAGUCUAAAGACGCUGGAAAGACCAGUGGAAAGCCAACUUCUCAACCCGAAGGUGAGAUUGUUUCGGAUGAAGAUGAUCUACCUAAGGAAAACCACGAGGAUAAUAGAACAGCCUGGUCAGUUGAUUCAACUAAUGAUUUUGAUAGUGUGUUUGCUUUUGGUUCUGAUAGUAAGCAAUCAGACCGGCUUUCGCUCUCACAAAAGCCUUCGCCUGGAACCAAUGACAGAUAUAAACCACAGCCUUCACUGGGAACUGAUAACAGAUAUAAACAACAGCCUUCGCCUGGGACCGAUGACAGAUAUAGACCACAGCCUUCACUUGGAGCCGAUAACAGAUAUAAACAACAGCCUUCACCCGGAGCAGAUAACAGAUAUAAGCCACCGCCUUCACCCGGAACGGAUAACAGAUAUAAACUUCCACCUUCACCUGGAGCCGAUAACAGAUAUAAACCGCAGCCUUCACCGGGAACUUAUAACAGUUAUAACCCACAGCCUUCACCCGGAACUUAUAACAGUUAUAACCAGCAGCCUCCCCCUGGAAUUGACAACAGAUAUAAAGGUAGUGAACCAAGGCAACGGUUCCCACCAAUUACAACAAGAGAUAUUAGGGCCCCAGAUCAGGCCAACAUACUCCGGUUUGAUCCACAGCUAUCACCUCAAAGUGGGCACUCGCAAUCACAGACUAAUAUCACAAAUAACCAAGUUCAGACGGACUCUUCUGUUUUUAGAAGCAUACCACGUCCUGAAAAAUUGAAGCAACCUAAUGCUCCUAGCGUUGGUAACAAUACACCAGCAUCUGGUUUUGGAAUUUUUAGCUCUUCAGACGCAAGUUCCUCGAGGAAAUCCUAACUUGUCAAUUCAGAAGUUGAUGGUGGCCAAAGAUCAGAUGGUUAUCGCAGUUGACAAGCGAGAAUGAGCAUAAAGAUGGUACCAAUGCGAAUCAUCCAAGGAAAAUUAAGGAGCAGCAAAUAGUGUAGCAUACAAUAAUCAUCAUAUUCUUUUUAAUUUAUUAGCAAUCAUAUUAGCAACUCUUUUUCUGUUAUAUCGAGUUGGCUAAAGAAGUCUGCAGAAUUUUAUCGAUCUGUGGAGCAUGCUGGUUUAAUAGGCAUGGCAGUGAAGAAUAUUUCUAGCUUAACUUUAGCUAAAUUUUUGAUGAUACAAUAAUAAUUGAGGAACAGCAUUCAUUAGCAGAUGAAUGGUGUCAUUAACAUUUUCAAAGCAUAGACUCGUUUUUGGA